CUUCAAUAACGCGUAAAAUGUGCAAUGCGUGGACAAUAGCCCAGUGGCGAGUGAGUGUGAUGUGAGCAGCAUGCGGUGGCUGGCAAUGGUGGCCGUGGUGAUGGUGGCCGUGGCGGGAGUGGUGCGAGCGUGGGACUGCGUGUGCAAUCCGAGCGAGUGUGAGGGCUUGGAGCCCAGUGGGUGCCCGGGACAGGGCUACGUAGUGUGGGAUCCAUGUAGAUGCUGCAAAGUAUGUGCAAGAACGUUAGGAGAAGACUGCGGCGAGUUCAAAGGAACUUGCGAGCCCAAGCUACAGUGCAUCGAGGGCACGUGCACCACGUGAAGCUGGGGCAAAAUGGACCUUGUAUUAUAUGUUCAUAGAGUAGAAAUUAAACAUAUCUCAAAAACUGUAGAAUGUGAGGACCAGCUUCAGACCCAGACCAGGAAGCGUUGUCUCUAGUGACAAUAAAUUAGAUAGUGGAAGGUGAUCGUUUUG